GACGGUUAGACCCGCAGGACUUCCGGACCCUGGUUCCCUCCCUGGCACUCGCCCUGCAAGGAGACCAAACAACCCGCGGGGGACCGGGAGCCGUUCUCUGAGACAGCUCAGGUGCGAGGGAAUGAGACCACACAAGCAGGGUGUUGUCCCACACAAUCUGAAGGCACCUCGGCCUCCUGGAAAUCUCCAGAAAGUCAGAGUCGCAGAUCCACUUCAUGGCAUGAAGUCUUGACCCGUGAACUUUGCACGCGAUGGAGCCCGCAGCCAGAGGGCGGACUGAGAAAAGCUUCAGCUACGUUGUCAGAGCCCCCGGCAGCGAUGGGUUUGAUGUGAUGAACGUUGACGUGAAGAUCGACACGUGCUGGGUAUUCCAGGACGUAGAGGACGGUGGUGAGGGGCCCGGCUGUCUUCCGGCAGCGACAGCGGGAAGCCCAGACACGGAUGCGGGCGUGCUCAGGAAGCAGCUGGAAUCCUCAGAGCAGAAACUACUGGCAGCUGUGGACAAGCACGUGAUGUCGGAGUCCAGGCUCAGAAGCAGAAUCCAGGAGCUAGAGCUGUCGGAGAGACAGCUCCUCCAGAGUGUGGACCAGCUGAACGCCCGCGUGUUGCAGGAAAGGAGCGACGCUGCCCGGGCCCAGGAGAAGCUCCAAGCCCUGCGGGAUGAGCUUGCCAGCCAGGUUCUGGAGAAGGAGCGCGCGGCCAGGCGGCAGCGGUGGCGGCUGCGGCGGCUGCGGGAGCGGCUGCGGCGCAAGGACGAGGCGCUGGGGCGGCAGGCGGCGGCCCUGGAGCGCUGCCGAGGGACACAGCGGCGCCAGCUGGCCCUGGUGCGCGAGCAGGAGCGCGGCCUGCGGGAGCAGGUGCGGCGGCUGGAGCGGGACGUGCGGCGCCUCUGUCACGCGGCCGGCCUCCUGCUGGCGGAGCUGGACGCCCCGGCCGCGCGCGGCCCCCGCGCCCUCGGCCCGGCCGGCCCCGGUGGGGAGGCCGAGGAGCUGCGCGCCCUGCAGGCGCGGGCCGAGCGCGGCGAGCGCGAGCGGGACGAAGCGGCGCGCCGGUUGCGGGAGCAGCGCGCCACGGAAUGCCGGCUCCGCGGGCAGCUGGAGGAUCUUCGCUGCUGCAUCUACGAGCUCAAGCUGUCGGAGAUCAGCCUGCAGGGCCAGGUGGAGGACCUCGCCCAGCAAAACCGCAGCCUGCGAGAGGAGCUGGGGGCCCAAGCCCCCAGGGAGAGCGCGCGCAGCCCUGCCUCUGCCGGUCAGUGCAGCCCGGACGCCCUGAGCCAGCUUCAGGACGAGCCACUGGCCCUGCCCGGGGAGGGCGCCCUGGAUGCCUGCCGAAGCCGAGGCUUGCAGACCACCCUCUGCUCCCACGGCGCCCCUGGCCCGAGAAGUCCAGCAGGCCAGCCCUCUGAGGCGUGCUGCUCCUGGGACCGUGUCGGGGCCGGGCGAGGCCCCUGUGUUGUGGUGGCAGGCCUGGAGGCCACAGAUGAGACCCUGGAAGACGUCCCAGGAUCUGACCGUGGACGGCGGACUCUGGCUGAGCCCAGCUUGGAUGUGCAGACUUUUCUCCUCAUCUGUGGCUGCCCCCCCGGCCAGUACAGGGAUGGCUCACUCCUCCCCGUGGAGCUGGCCGGGAUUUCAGAGCAGAGGCUAGCAGCUGCCCGGGUCCUGGUGCAGACGUCCACACUCCCUCCCUGGGGGCCGGCCGGGAACCCCCCUUCCUUGCCACCGCUGCUCCUGCUCCGGGAGGCUUCUGCACAAGAAUCCCAGAUGCGACGGACGCUGGACGCCAGGUUCCCACCUGCUCCCAGAACCGGAGGACCCACCUGCCGGAAUCCCCACUGGAGAAGGGGCCAGACUGCCUCCCUCUGCCACGAGCCACCCCAGAUCUCAAGUCACAAAUUCAAGUCACCCAGAGAUGUGAAAGGCGCUUGGAAGGAGGGAGGAGGGCCCCCAGAGUGGAGAACCGAGGAGCGGGGGGCGAGGAGGAGUCGGGGCAGGAAGGAGGCAGACCUUGGUGACGAGAGCAAGCUAAGUCAGGGAAGCCGAGACAACCCGAGCCUGGGGGACGGCGUCAGAGCCCCAGAGGGCCAGCCGGUCGAGAACAGGGCCUCAGAAACCCAGGCCUCUGUCUCCUGCCCUUGGCCCAGGCCAAAGCUCCCAUGGCCUCUUUUGCAGGAGGAGGCCCCCCUGUCAACUGAGGGUCCCGCACCCCUGAGUAGGAGGUGGAGGGAGGGAGGGCUUUUGUCACCGGAGGAGGAAGAGGCCCCCCCAGCCAGGGCCCAGGGCUCCCAGAGGCCAAGUCCGGGAGGCACUCAGCUCCUUGCAGGGCAGGGCGAGGAGGAAACGCUCGUGUGGUCUGCAAAUGCUCCGAAUCUGCAAGAGGAAAGCCCUGGGGACCAAAGGCAAGGAGAGAAGGAGGAGAAAGCACUGCCUCUAGAAGGGUCUCGUCUGGCCCACAGGGAUGUCCCAGGGGAGCCUGGCCCCGAGGAACGUGAGCACCAGGAAAUGCUCUCCCCGGUGGCAGAGGGAGGUCUGACGCUGUCUCCCCGAUCGGCCUUUCCACCCAGGGGAACUGAACCUACCAGUGAUCCGUGGGCUCUGAGCCAACAACCUGACAGGUCUGAGCUCAGAAGAGACGAAUUUGGGAAGGAGGCAGAAGCUUCUUCCCAGCAACUCUCCAUCCUGCUGCGUGGGGGCGGGGGGCGAUGGUGGCCAACCUCCAUGCCGGCCGGAGGAAGCAAGAGCUUGGCUCGGAAACAGCACAGCCCCCCGGAGAAUGCUCACUCCCAGCAGGCUUUGGCAAACCAGGGCUCGGAUAUUUGUUUGGCCAGAGAGGUCAGACCCGGGGGGACCGACGAAGAGGUCGGACCAGGCGGGACGGAGGUCCUGGGGACCAGCACCAUUCUCCCAGGGAUGGUGCCUGAUUCAGAUGAUGUGGGUCCGGGUCCAGAGUGGCCCUCCGAGCUGGGUGGGAACCAGCCCUCCCAGCCACUGAGAGCCCUUGAAGAAGAGAGGACAAGGUUUCACCGGCUCAUUUCUGGGCUGAAACGAGAGAGAAGCCAAGUUUUACGUGACAACGCCGAGCUGCGGGGCGACCGAGAGAGAUGCCGUCGAAAAGUGUGCGCCCUCGAGGAAGAGAGGGAGAGAAAUGUGACCAAGAUGGCGGUCCUCGAACAGGACAACAGCAUGCUGGUCGGAGACAUCGUGCUCUUGCAGAGGGAGCUGGCCCAAUACCGGCAGGUCGUUUCUGACCUGGAAGACUGCAACGGGAAAAGUUACGGCAAAAUUUCCGAGCUCGAAGAGGAGAACGAGCAGCUGAAAGGGCACCUGGCCCAGCUUCAGAGAGCCACGGCCGAGAGCGCCAGAAAAUCCAAGGGUGUGAUGGAGCACGUCACAAUGGAAAACCGGGAGCUCAAGGCGCUGAUCUCGGAGCUCGGGGUCAGUUACAAAGAGCUGAUGAAGGGCGUGGUGCUGGGGAUAGAAGACACGGUUCAGGCCUUCAGGGGGGAGAACGCCCAUCUUCUGAGCAGGAUCCGCGUCCUGGAGACAGAAGUCGCAUUGGGGGCCAGCACAGCUGGGGGCCGCUUGGUGAGAGCGGAGGAGUGUCCGCAGGGGGAAAGCAAGAUGGUGGGGGGCAAGGAGGGUGCUGUGGAAAGGGGGGUGCAGGUGACUCAGCUGUCAGGGCAACUGACCGCAGAAGCCCACGGGCCGCCCUUGGAGGAGAAACCAGGUCUGGCUGGCAGGUGGAUGGGGCCUUCCUUACGCACGGAGAAUUCCAGAAAUGAUGGCAAUUCAGCCGCUUCGUCGCUGGUGGGGGGAAGUGCCGAGGUAUCCAGUGCCCCGCGAGGAAACAUCGACGGAGCAGGAGCGAGAGAAGCACGUUUGGAAAAGGAGGAGAAAAGACCGUGGUGUUCUGCAGACCCAGGGCGAGCUCUGAGGGCAAGCAGCGGCCCCCUGAUAGGAUUUCUGCCGCUGCAGGGCACGGAGACAGACACCCCCAAAGAGGACCUCAGGCUGUGCACUGGGCACCUCCAGCACCAGGUGCUGACCCUGCGGUGCCAGCUCAGAGACCAGGCUUCUGCCCACCGGGUACUGCAGGUGUCACAUGGGGAAGCCACCCGCCUCCGGGACCAGCUCAAGGGCGAGCUUGAGGAACUUCAGAGAAAGCAACACGAGGCAAAUUCGGCCGUGGCUCCUUUGAAGGCCAAGCUGGCUUCUCUGGUCCAGAAGUGCCGGGAGAGGAACCACCUCAUCACGCACCUGCUGUGGGAGCUGCGCCGACGCGGGGCCGAGGAUCACCUGCUCUCCGAGACGGCGCGGGGCAUGGUGGACGACGUGGCACUGGCCGAGUACGCGGCCACCUUCCUGGCUCCGGCGCUCCCAGAGACCAGCCACCACCUGGAUGUCGAGUCUGAGACGGCAGCAGCUGUAAGAGCUCAGAAAUACCUCCCGAAGCCCAAAACAGACAGUGUCAUCAUCCAAAAACCUUUGCAUUCAGAGUCCUGGCCUGUUCCCGAGGCUGAGUGGCCAGCACAGAACACGGCUAGACCGGAUUCACCAAAGCUUCCCCCGCCCUCAGGGCCGACGCCUGGUCCCGGAGCCUGUCCGUGUCCGGCUGCAGCCGCCGUGGAGCCCGCGUGCCCUGCGCGACGCCCGCGGGGAGAAGGCGGGCUGUCCUGUCCCGUCCUCCGUGCCGAUGACCCCCCGCCACCCUCUGAGCUCCUGAGUCCUGCGAGGAUCCUGGCUUUCCACAAAGAGCUCACACAAAGCAUUCGCAGCAAUGCCCAGGUCCAUCGAUCACCGCUGGAGUUAUAAAUUUAAUAGAAGCGCUCACGCUCCGGGGCCGUUUCAUAGACUCCAUAAAUAUUUGAAGCUGAGCCUUCAGACACGGCUUUAAGGAAUUGGUAGCAAUCAAAGCCCUCAUUCGGUGGCAAGUGGUUUUGCCUCUGGCUCGGGGGUCUGUGCUGCUCAUCGGAGCUUGGGAGAAAUACGUGACUGUGCCCGACACAUUCGGAGAGCUUUGUCAAGGCAGCAAAGGGAAUAUUUACCGUACCAAAACCUAUUGAAUGACUGGUCCGGUGGUUCUCAACUGGGCGUGAUUUUUCCCAACCAGGGAAAAAAUUGGCAACGUGCGGAGACAUUUUCUAUGGUCCUAACUCGGAAGCCGCUCCCGGCAUCUAGUGGGUAGAGGCCGGGGAUGCUGUUAAACAUCCCAUGAUGCACAAGGCAGUGUCCUAGAACACAGGUAAUCCAGCCCAGAUGUCAACAGCGCCAGGGUUGGGAACCCCUGAACUGGUCUAUUAGCUCCUAACAUUGACAGCCACAGAGACCUGUGUUGUUAUUUUCUUGCCCUUGGGGCCCCUCCCCGUGUGUGAAAAGAGUUUUGUCUGCUAAAUGAAAUGUUUGAUUUAAGUAAUUAUAUAUUUUACAUGUUAAGGCGUUACAACCCAUCGGAACUUUCUAAUAAGGCCCAUUCGUUCAACCAACAUUUGCUGACAUCCAGCGAAUGCCAGGAAGUAUAAUGUGAGGGGGAGGGAGGUGAGCCAACUCUGGUCCCUGCCUCAGGUUGCUCACAGGGCAAUGGGAGACACACGUAUGAACCGUGCACCAUGUAGCUCAUUAAAAGUGCCGUGAGUUGUGGUGAGAAGGUAAAGGCCCUUUCUGCCCGGCCUCGGAAAAUGGAGGUCAUUCAGGAGGGGAUGGCUGAGCAGAGCCCCUGGGCCCACUGAGGUGUUCAACACACAGGUGAGGUAGGGAAGGGUGGUGCAGUCAAAGGGAACAGCACGUGCAAAGGCCCCGAGGCAUGGAACUGAACUUUGUGCGUGUCAUUAAAGACGUGUGCAAAGCAGCCCCUGGCCCAGCCAGCUACGAGGGGUUCCUGCCUCAUCCCAUCCUGCACCCCUCUCUUUCCCCCUGAGAAUAGGACUUAUGCCCUGACCUGGGUGUAGGACUCAGGAGUGAAGAAAAUGCAUCUAUCCUGAGGGCAAGCCGCCCAACAAAAGAAUCAAGGGGCCUUGCACCACUCAUGCCCAGAUCCUGUCCCCGGGCUCACCAAUCAGAGACACCAUCUCUGUCUCUGGAAAGGGACUGGUGAAGGGUUGAGGGAAAGGUCAGAGUUACCUGUCCGGUUCCGUUCCCCCCUGGAAUGUCUUGUCACUUCGGGCCAAGGAGGUAUCGGGACCAGAGACCUGGGGCUCCCGGGGCAGCAGGCAGACGUGUAGAUUGUACUUUAAUGCAGUUGAACUUUAAAUAUUGGGAAGUGCAGGGAGGUCCCAUCUACCCUUCCCCUGGCCUCCUGUAACGUUCCCAUCUUAUACACCUGACCACAUGGCAGUGAUAGAAACCAACGGAUUUAUUUUGAGGGAACCCGGGGGAGCCAUUGAUUCGUAAGAAAAGCGGGGCCAUCGAGCCAGCGACAACACCCUGAGCUGCCGCCACCGUGAUGAACCCAAGGGGCUGCGUGAUGGGUCAUCACAUCCAUCCACCUGUCCUUGCGCUGAUUUGCCAACGGACCCACCCAUCCAUUUGUUCAGUGCGCAUUCAGCGCUAACUGCCAUGUGAGGCCAGGUCCUGGGAAGCAGGAACAAAGAAGAUGUGGUCGGUCCGUAUCCCUCAGGACCUCCUGGCAACCGUGCGUCCCCAUCAGGUGCUCAAGGAACCCCCGAUGUUGGAAAACACUGUUGUAAUUACUGCCAUUCCGGCCACCAACGCCAGCCACGGAAUUGCCAUCUGUGUGGCGUCCUAUACAGCUGGUCCCUCACGUCGGUGUGGGACCUCUCUUUGGGCCCUUUCUCCACCUUUAUUUUGGGACAACGCCAUCAGCUUUGGGCACUGGGACUACGAGGAAGAGGAGGGAUGAGCCAGGUGAGGCCGGGCAACAGCCAGCCGAACCUCACUGCUAAGCCGGCCGGAUGCUCUCGAGGCCACCCCUGAUCUCCAGGACGCUCCCCCCGGGUUCGGGGGCCCUGCCGCCUGUCACGUGAGUGCUCCGCCUCCUGCUUUUCAUAGCCUGGGCCUCGGCGGAGAGGCGACUGGGGAAAAUCCAUUAAAGGAAGCCAAGGCAAUCUUUGUAGCAUAACACGGUGAUUCCGUAAUAAAUCAUCUUCCGAAGCCAGAAACCACUUAUUAACCAGCCUGGGGCUGGCACUUCUGUCGCCUCAAGCCGGGUCGUUGCUUGGGGCUGUGACUCCCUGGGGGUGCAUUUGCGAUGGCGGAUGAAGGACUCUGGCAUUUUCUUCACCUCCACCGUAGACCCCAGCCCUGGGAAGGGGCCACCCCCUCGCUGGGCCCGAUGUGGCCAGCGCCCAGUCUGGUCAGAUGCCCCCGGGGUGGAGGCUGCACCAGCUGGGGCGGCAGAGUGGGGUCAGGCAGGAACCCGGCACGCAGAAGCUGGGGUCAGGCCACCCCCCACACCGGGAACCGCACUGUGAGUGACCCGAGGCCUCCGGGGAGCGACCAGAUGGACCAGCCCGGCUGCCGCGGCAGAACACAAUUUGUCAGAGGGCUGUCAAUAAGCAGCCACGGUGACCUUCUUUGGGACUGCGUGCCCAGGCUCUGCAGAACGGAAGCCCUGAGCCCGAGCAAGGAAAGAAGACAGCACAGAGGCACGCACAUCCCACUGAGGAAUAUUUAUAUCCCUCCCGACUGACUAACAGAGCAGCAGUGGCCCCAGGAUUUGUGGUUCCUUCCAGGGACCUGAGUUACAAGCCAGAGGACUGUCUUCCUAUUCUAAGUCAUUCAUGGGAAUGUCUCUCUUCUGUAUAAUACCAACCAGGGGACCAAAGGAUGGCUGUUGACUAUCAGAAGCUGUACGUAUUGGCACGGGGUGGUGGGAAGAAGCUUGGGUCUGGAGUCCCAACGUCUUGGCUGGCUUUGCCCCUCCUAAGCUGUGUCACCUUGCCCAAAUUACUUCGCACAUCCACUUCUUUACCUGUCUGAGGGUCUAAACACCUACUUGACAGUUUUGUUCUGACAGCCAAAUGAGCUCAUGGCUACAAGAGUGUUCUGCACCCCGUACGAUGCUUCCCACACGUCAGGGAUCGUGGCUGUUUGUAAAUGUGAUUCUCUCACUCAUGUGACUGACCACACCCUGCCACAGCUACUCAUUACACUCACAGUUCUCUGUAGCUGCCACCCAAGGUGGGCGAUGCGGUACCAUGGCAGGAUUAUCGUUUUUGCAGUCUCAGUGGUCAUCUUGAUAUUAUAGAGCUCCUGCGGAAGCCUGAGCUAAGGUGAAGGUUCUAACCUGUGCGAAAAAUUGUACACGUGAGCACUUCCCUGGGAAGAGGGGCCAUGGGUUUCAUUAGAUUCUCAAAUGAAACUGGAACCCUCAAAAGCCAAGCACCCGUAGCCUAGGGGGAAAGGACUCCACUGAGGAACCCAGAGACCCAGCUCUGCCUCUAACUGGCUGGUGACUUUGAGGCCUCAGUUCCUGAUCUACAAAAUGGGUGCAGCCACAUGCCCUCCAGUAACCUUCGCAGCGGAUGAGUCUGUGGCCUCUCCCUGCAUGUGUCCUCCCCCAGAGAGGACACUUUUCCCGCUGCAGCAAACACUUGCUGGGUCCCUACUGUGCGGUGAGCUCUGGCCGGCUGGAAGCUCCUGUACCCAGUCUUCUUGCUUCCUGAGUAAGUAGAGAGUUCUUCUAGUCUAACCAUAUGUCACUUCAUGCAACUGUGUCCACAGAUUGUCCCCCAGAUAACCACAGCACUUCAAAAUUCUUAAAGCACUCAAAGCUCAUUAAAGAGCAUUAUGGCCCAGCCACUGUGCAGACUGAGGGGUUUGCUGCCUCUGAAAAUACCUCCCUGUAAAUUACAGGUCUGUGACACCCUCUUCCUUGGGCAGCCGAAGGCUUAACAGGGACACUGAAGCCUAAGCAUCCCCCAGGAAGGCAGAAUGAAAAGCAUGUUGCAAUGUGGUACUACCUCCAUGAGCUGAAUUCUUUCCCACCCUGCUGCUACUGGCAGAGAUUGACAGUAAGGAGACAGGCUGGUGGUCAGGAUCGGCCCCAAAGUCCUUGGCCUCAGCAGAGCCUGGGCUGGCUCAGCGAGGGGUAAGUGACAGGCAGGCCCCACGACCCACGGGGCAGAUCUCAGAGAGCUCUUAGUCUGUAGCGGGCACACGAACAGCCCUUGGGUCAGAUCUGGCUCACAAACACAUCCCAUUUGGCUUAGGUUUGUUCAAAAAACAGCAGUAGAGUGCGUAAACAUAAAAUGUACCAUCUUAACCCUUUUUAAAUGCCCAGUUUAGGACAUUCACAUGUUGGGCAACCAUCACCACCAUCCAUUUCCAGAACAUUUCCAUCUUCCCGAACUGAAACUCUGUCCCCAUUAAACGCUAGCCCCCUCUUCUCCCCUGCCUCAGCCCCUGGAAACACCCAUUGUGCUUUCCAUCUUGACAGGUAUGAUUGCUCUGAAAACUUCAUGUAAGUGGAGUCCUACCAGAGUUGUCCUUUGGGGACUAUUUCACUAGCCAUAAUGGCCUCUAGGCUCAUCCACAUUGUUGCAGGUGUUAGAACUUCCUUCCUUUUUGAGGCUAAAUGAUAUUCCAGUGGAUGGACAGGUCACAUCCUGUGUACCGUCUACCUGUCGACCGACACUUGAGUUGUUUCCGUCCUCUGCCACUUGUGAAUAAUGUGCUGUGAACACAGAAGUACAAAUACCUGCCUUAUAUUUGUUACUGUUGGGGUAACCAAUAGUAACCCCAUUGAAAAACCAGAAGAUUUCUCAUAGAAAUACGAAUUUCUGGCUUCUCUCGGAAGACAGUGGAACUGGCAAUUCAAGGUUUCUAUGUUCAUGGCCAUGCUCAGAUGAAUGAGGCCAGCACACUCCUUUCCCAACGACAGGCACACUCAGCCUUGGGAGGGCUUCAGGCAACCACACCCUCCCAGGGUCUCUUCUGCUGACCACCUACCUUGCCCGGUCUGCCCAACCCUCUGAUCAGAUGGCUGAAGAUACAGUGACCCCGAGAGGCACAGGGACCUGGGCCCGUGGUGUCACAGGUGGGAUGGUGAGUGACUGCUGUCACCUGGGAAAGGCCUGGACUAGGUUCUGGUUCCAGCUCUGCUGCUUGCCUGCUUCAGUGACCUUCACCUUUCUGAGCCUAAGUUUCCUCCUUUGGAAGAAAAGAUACCUUCUCCAGCAGAUUCAUGGAAUUAUUGUCAAGAUAGAAGAAGAAGCUGUGUGGUGACUGGAACAUGGCAUUACUAACAGCACAGUCCAAGUCUGGCAGCCUAGAAUUUGAGGGUCCAUUUCCCCCUCUGCAAAAUUGGAAAAGGGACCAUGCCUCUUCACGGGAGUGUCCUGAGAACUGAGACAGGGAAGGUAAAGCAUCCAGCAGAGCGCCUGGCACACAGCAGGUGCAUCCCACAUGUUACUUGGUAACAAGAGAGGGCUCUGUUGGAGGGCUCCAGAUCCCCCUUGGCAGAGAUCACAAUCCAGGAAGACACCUGACGUCCUGAUGUUGUGGGCACAGCCUGGCUGCAGAUUCCAUCAGCCUGAUUUCAAAGCCCACCCUCCACCUUUUAUCUGCCAGGGCCUGUCAGCAGCCUCCCUGAGCUGUAGACUGUCCCCUGUUGGAGGGCACACAAUCACUGUCUUUGCCAGCACCAGGGGAGACGAGAAACAUCAGGUGCCUGGUGCAUACUAGAUGCUCAACAACAAACGUAGUUCCCCUCCUCCCUUUCCCAAGCAGAAGUUGGCCUCUGAGUUUAAAAAGAUGGCGUGUUUUCCAAAUGAGUAUUAAAGAAGAAGGGGAAGGAGAAGGGGAAGGGG